UUCACCAUGGCUGCCGCGCAUCGCAAGCGGUCGCUCGACGACGACGUAGUCAUGCAGGAUGGCCUACCUCUGCGCAAGAAGCUCCGGCUCUCAGACUUGCCCAUUGAAGCCAACAAGCGGUCCGUCAUCGACACGCUGUUGCACACAUUCAAGAAGAAGGGCGAGUUCGACGCACUUCGCAAGCUGAUAUACGCUCAGUUCGACUCGGGGGAGGCCAAAGCCAAUCUCCUCUCUUCCCUCGAGCAACUAGUCGACCGCGAAACCGAUCGCAACCCCUCAUUACUAUCGAAAGAACGCCGGAUUGCCGCCCCCUUGGUGGAAGGCGCCGCCGAACGAAGCGACAUCUACAAAGAUGUUUUCGCCAGCAUUGACAACCUGAUGGAUCAACUGAUCGCGUCGCAAGGUAUCCAAAAGAUGCGCGAGGUUAGGGUCAAAGAGGUUGGUGCCGAGCAAGCGGCAGCAGAGGAGCGCGUCGGCAGCAAGACAGAUGAUGAUUAUGCUAGAGAUGCUGAGCUACGGCGGGAAGCAAGGGCGGAAAUUAGGGAGAGAGAGCUCGAGGAGAAGAGAAAACUUGACCGAGAGAGAAAGGAGUUGGAAGCUGAGAAGGCAAGGCGGCGGGAAGAGGAGAGAGAAGCUCGCGAGAAAGAGCGCCGCGAUCGAGAGAAGGAGAGGGAGAAAGAACGCGAAAAGGAACGAGAGCGUGAGCGGGAACGACGGGAGAGGGAAGAGCUCGAGCGAGAGGAGCGAGAAGAGCGACGACGAAAGGAGGCGCGGCGUGAACGUGAGGAACGCGAGCGGAGAGAGUACGAAUAUCAGAAAGAAAGGAGAGAUCGAAAAGAGCGCGAGCGACGACGAAGAGAGCCUUCGUUUGAUCGAGACAGAGACUAUCGGAAACCCACGGUCGAUGAAGAUGAACCACUGAAACCAGAAGACAUCAAUGUGGACGAUGAUAUUGCACUUCAAGCUCUUUUGAAGGAGGGAGAGGAGGUCAAGAGGGCGCGUGAGCGACCAGCUUUGGAGAGGUCUGAAUCUUUGGAACCGCCCAUUCGAAGACCUAUGGCUCCAAAGUCAAUUGUCCCGCGCGAUCCAGUUGCCGCCCGACUUGCCAAAUUGGACACCAAACCUCUCAGCAGGUCUUCUCCUACCAAGCUUGAGAUAAAAAUGGCUACGCCUACUACACCAGUUGCGAAGAUUGAGGAGGGUGUCGCUGAGGCUGAUGCUAUGGACGUCGAUAAGCUGGAGAAGGACAUCAAGGACGAGAAGGAUGAAAAGGAUGAUGUUGAUCGUGGAAGGUCACGUUCACGCAGUGCUGACAGGAGAUCAAGUCGCCGGAGGCGGUCAUCGCCUUCACGAGAACGAGAACGCUCGAGUCGGUAUGACUAUGAUCGACGAGCCAGCCGGUAUGAAGACAAGUACCGGUCUCGCGAUGAUGACUACAAGAGAUCCUCGCGCUACUACGAUGAAGACGAUCGCCAGGCCCUGAAAGACAAACAACGCAUUGAACGUGAGCGCGAUGCCCGUGAAUACAAGCGAUCGCAUCGUGACGAGUCGCGACACAGCCGCAGCGAAUCCAAAGCAAGCGCCACCUACAAGAGCUCUCGAUACCGCUCUCCGAGUCCGUCCCGGACCCGCGAUCGAUCGAAGACCCCGCCUAGGCGCGGCUAUAGAGAAAAUUCUCCUCGGUCCCGCCGCCAUCGCUCCCGAUCACGAAGUCCUAAAGACAUUGAUAGAUACGUCCCAAGCACCUCUGCACGAGCCAAAACAUCAUAUGCCAGGGACGACUAUCGUGAUCGGGACCGUGAUCGAGAUUAUCGCUCUAGGGGAUCUUAUGGCAGAGACGCCCGCGACCGAGACGAUGAUGAGGAAAGACGCCGGCACACGGACAUUGAUCGCUAUAUGCCGGGAAGGAGUCGCGCAGCGCCUGAUGAGAGGGAUAGAGAUCGUGACCGAGAUCGAAGUCGAGAUCGAGACCGACGGAGGCGCGAACGCAGCCGUACGAGAAGUAGGAGUAGAGGCUCCAGACGUUAAGUCUUGGAUUUCAAAUACACAAGUGGCAAUUCUUAAGGACCAUCAGCAAUGUCAGCAAUGGAGUUAAUCGUCUCGCUCGAGGGCAAGUGUAAUUCUAGGGCACUUUUGCCGCUUGGUCAUUGGUAAUUUGCUCAACUUUGUAUAUUACGAUAGUUGGCUUUGAGUAACAAUGCGAUACCCCUUUCUGUUUGCCUCCC